AUGUCUCACGAUAGCAAUGCGCAUGCAAAAAAACCGAACUUAUACUGUACAGAAAUCGUUAACUUACCUAAUUGUACUUUCUUUUCCCAUUCCCGUUGCAGCCAGGACAGCCGUGACUCGUUCUCGUCCGGUUGGGACCUAUCGAGUUCAUGCGAUAGCCACUACUGUGACCAGGGACACUAUCACGGCUACGAGAUGGGCGCCGGAACGUACGCUUCGAUGAUGGGCUCCGGUCCGGGACUGCUUCGACGGCGAUACUCCGUACCAGAAAUCAUUAUGCGAAAGCAUACCUUGGCCCAGCAGAAAUCGUACGAUGAGCCGCACGACACCAACCACAACAGCAUUAGCAUGAGCAACAAAAACUGCUACUACUCCUCGCCGUAUCACAGUCCGACGCCGCCAACGCCACAGUUCCACCACCAGCAGCAGCAACAAGAAAGUCCGCAUCGGCGAGGUGGGCCAAUGACACGUGCUAGAAGCAGAGAAUCCCCGGUACCCUGCCGUAAGCAGCCCGAAUCGCCGCUGGCAGCUCCGGUUCUAGUUCACCGGAAAUCGAUUACGCGAGCGGCCAACAGCGUAGAGAGCGCACCGAGCAAUAAUGGGAACCAUUUUCAGACGCUGGCUUCCACCGGGUCCGAGUCCAACUUGGCCACGAUGGGCCAGCGGCAGGCGUCUUUAGGUGGUAUUAGUCGUAGCCAAAAAUGUAGUAGUGUUAUUGGUAUAAAUAGUAGCACUAAUAACAAUAAUAAUAACUAUAUUGGUCCUGUCGGUAGCAAUGGGGUGGUCAACGGGGUGGGUGCAGGUGCCCUGGGAGCGGGUUGCGUGCUGGGUGUGGGUGGUGCCGCUGCCGAUUUUUCGAUGAGAAAAUCCACUCUGCUGCGAAGAAUGUGGAGUAAAGAAAUGCGACGUUACGACCGGUCCGGCAGUUGGUCACCACCGCUAAGACGGACGCCGCGACGUAUCUACAGUAUUGAGAGCAUUAUUCCGCCCGACGGGCUGGGUGGUGCUGGUAGUGGUGAUGGCAGUGGCGCUAGCAGUGAGGGUGGUGGCAGCAGCAAUAUGACAACCUCGGCGACCUCCUGUAAGGAAUGUGCGAAGUUGGAAAGUCAGUACGCUAACAGCGCUAGAGGUGGAAAGUUAACCGAAGAGUCUCCGAAAAGGCUGCGGCUGGUGACCUCCGUGAAAAAUAAUAACCUUCAGAAAGAGGUUGACGGCGGUAGAAAUUUGCUGUCCAGUGAGGGUUUAGUGGAUGACAGUGCGGCAGGUUCGAAGUCGGAGAUUUCUGUUGGCAGCGGGACUACCAACUCCCCGAUAUUACCACGUAAGGAGGGAACAGUGAAUGGCCGGAACAGGCGAAACUGCGUCUUCAUGAAUGGUUUAUCGGAUAAUCCUACCAGUGCCGCCAAUGACAUUGAGCUAGACGAAGCGGAUCUUUCCAGUAGUGCAUCAUCUGUGGUGUCCCAGGCGUGUGCCCUGCCAAAUCGUUCGGCUGGCAACGCUGGCAUUAUCCUUGAAGGCAGCGAGGAAGGUACGUUAAUCGAUAACGAACCAGAGGUCGAACCCGACGACGAAGACGCCAGCAGUACGAAUUUGAACGUGCAGGAUAACGAAAGUGAUCUCAGUGAGUUUCUGAAGGAAGAAGCAUAUGCCCGCACAGAGGAUGCUGGCGAAACUCGUCGGGAAGCUGCUGCUCAGCGUGGGGGUGAUCCUAAUGUUGAUGUAUAUCCUGGAGAACGUGCUGCGAUUGCUGCUGGUGGUGCGCCACCAGGAGCUCGUGCUGUGAAGGUCAGUGAAAAACAAUCGAAUGGGGAGGAACACUUUCCGCUGAAGAAACAAAUUGUGCGGCGUGGUAGCAACGCGAGUAGCAGUGCGCUAAGCAUUUCCGGUGAAAGUACCGAUAGUGAAAGUGUGACAAAUGACACCAACGAGAAAUGUGUGCGGGAAAUGAAACAGUUGACAGCUCUCACGGGAGCUGAUUAUUUGAAGAAGGAAGAACAAUUGGAUGAGUACAUUUCUAGUCUGUUGGUGGACAAUUUAAACAAUCUGCUCUGCACGAAAGAAGUGUACGCGAACAGUGCUGCCAAAUGGACGACGACAACGAAUGGUGACCAAACGAAUAAUAAUCAGCCGCAAGAAAAGGGUCAGACUUUUGAUGAAGGUGACAGCAAAAUUGCGAAUAGUAACGAAAUGAAACAAAAACUGCCGGAGAAAUAUAUUAACGGUGGUGGUGGAGUGGUUUGUAAUUCACCGCCCGCACCGGGGAGUAAACACCAGCUCGGCAGGCAGCAGGAUAAAGAGAACGAGAAAGAGAAUGAAGAUUGUGUGAAUAAUAAUGCUUCGGAGGGUGGCGGCAAACUUGCAAUCAAUUAUAUACGUAAGAAAAAUGGCGAAAAAAUACACAAUGCCAACGGUUUCUAUUUGGUGCCGAAAAAUGGUUCUCGAGAGUCGGAUGGGCAGUCGGAAAUAGAUCUCAAUGGAAAGUAUUAUUUCCCCGCGUACGGUUUGGAAACGGAUCCAUCGGAUCACACGGACAUUGCUUCGGAACCGGAGAUGCAGAUUAUCGGCAAAAUUGGGACGGGAUCAACGUACCAUGGGAAUGCUAAUCCGAGGUCGAUCAUAGUGUCCCGUAUAUCGGCUUUUCCCCGGACGGAAUCGAUGGAAGUUCAACCUUCGAACACCUCAGCGGAAGAAGAAUUUGAUGAUCUACUGGGCAACAAUGGUUCCGAUUCGGACACUCCAAGCCUGGUCGACAGUUUGGAUGAAGUCGAAAUAACCCCACGAAGACGUCAUGACCGGAAAAAGAAUCAACAUUCACCGGCAUCGGUGGGCACGGUAGUAGCUGAAAGUGUGACUAAAUCGGAAAAUACACUCUCGGAAAAGUCACCGCGGCAUGAAAAGGGAGAAGCUUUCUUCGUACCUAUACAGGACACCAACGUGAUAAUCAACGAACACAUUGUCGUUGCUGAUACGAUGCCGUUACUGAUCAAGGAACGACUAAACAGCCGCCAUCGAUUGAUGGUCUGGAAACGAGAACAGGAAAACCUCAAGCGCCAUCGCAAAAUGAUGAGAAUGAUCGAGCAGAAAAAAUUCUACGGAGAACCAGCGAUCCAGGUCAUCAGCACAAUCGACCGAGCGCUAGGUCGUAAAGAAAUCAUUGCACCGGAAGACAAAAAACGUAUUUUCGGCCAAUCUUCCGGAUCUUAUGCCGCAAGACUACCGAAAACCAAAAAGAAAACCAGCGCUCUUCGAACAGAGCUGGGCUUGCUGGAAUCCUACAAGAUCGAUGCCAGGGGAAAUAUGCAAAUUCAAAAUCCAGCUGGUGGAGGCGGCUCCAGUGGAAGUACGUCAAGCGCGAAGAAAGUCGCCAAAAGUCCCUGGGGCCAGGCUGCGGAAAGAAGACAAGCUCGUGCAACCGCGGAAGCACCACCAACAACGUCGACGAAAUCCUCCGGCGGACAGUCGAUCACAAUGACAACAACAGCAUCGUCCAGGACACCACGAAAAACAACCAUCGAGUCGAGAAAAAAGCAAGCCCCAAAAGAUAUUCAACAUAUGACUCUCUACCAGCAAGCGGAUUUAACACCGGAUAUCGAAGGUGGCCCAAGGCGAAUGUAUCAGAAGACGGAGAUCCAAGAGGGAGAUAAGCAUAUCGAAAUCCUGGAGAUUGUGGAAUGUGGCGAUAGUGCUCCUCGAGGUAGUGGUCCCCGACACCGGCAACGAGCAAAAAGUGCUGGAAAUCGAUCCGGUCACAAAAAAUCACUCAUUCCUAUACCGAUCUACCGAUGGGGUCGGAACAGAAGGAGUAAUUAUUCCCGGGAAAGUAGCCCCCUUUCGACCGCCGGCGGUACACCGAAAGUCGAUCGCAUGAUUGCUGAUUACUUACUAGAGGCGCUAUCGAAUCCGGACGAUGUAGGAGUAACAUUCAUCAAAACCCCAGAAGAGCUCAAAGACAAGGGCAAGCGUUCGCCGAACGUUCGGAAAAAUAAUCCCGCCAACAGUAGCACCCCGAAACGAUCGGCCAACAGCGGAAAAUACACCCAACGAUUCGAAGUGAUCCCCGAAGAGCGCAGCUCGGUUUCGGUUGGAUCGUCUUCCGAAGAACUUUCCACCGGCAAAAAGAAACAUUCGUCGCCGCGCCGGGUAAGCUUCGACGAGCAUCAUAAAAUUCUCAAUGUCGAUGAGUUCGAACCGGGCAAGCUGGCGCCGAAAGUGGCCUCGGUAUCCCCCCGGCCCUCACCGAAGCCAUCGCCGAAGAAAGUGAACGCCACGACGUCGUCGGUUUCCGCAUCGGCACCCUCACCCAAGGCACCUGCACUGAAAAAGAACACCACCAUCAGCCGCGGAAAGGCGGCCAUCCAGAGCGAUGUGGUCGAGGAGAAGGGCUGGAUCGGGUUCACCACCCAGCACGAGGAUCUGGCCACUCCGGUCGGCGGCGACAAAGACGAAGACGUUGACCAUAUUCCACUAGCAGAGCAGAAAGCACUGAAUGCCAAUGGCCACCAUCAUCAUUUGCGUUUACCCGUCACUCCUAAGCAUGAUCGCAAAAGCAUUGUAAAAACCAUCACUACUGGCAACAUUGCACGCCACGACAGUGGUAGCAAACCAAUGCGGCACCAAGACACCAGUUCAAUUUCCACCCGGCUUCAAACUGUCGAUCAUAUUCGCCAUCAUCAAAGUGUAAACAUCAGCGUAAAUCAUAGCGAUUCUGUGCCAGUGGUGUCUGUCGAUCACGUACGAUCAACCGUAGCUACCGUCGGAUCGAAUAGUAGCUGCAACGGCACGGCUGGCUCCGAGAGCAUUGUAUCGAUGUUCGGUCGAUCAAUGCGAAGUGGAACCGUUAACCAUCUAGCGAUCGCCACUGCAACUCCCCGUAAACUGACCAGCGGUGAAUUUUCAGACGAAUCAUGCUUCACCGAUAGUCUUAACGGAAAACCAUCACCCAAACGACACAACGAGUUGACCAACUUUCGAGAACUGGCCAUCCCAGUGCCACUGGAACAAGAUUUGAAAUCAUCCCGACACGGAGGUCACAGUGUCAAUGAGUUGAAAUCUACGAACGAAUCCGUUAAAGAGGUAAACGUAGCGAACUUUUGCGACUGUAGUGAAUCAUUAUAUCCCUAUCGGCAGAUCCGAGAAGAGAAUGCUUGGCAUGUUUACGAGACAGCCGACUGCAAAGUAAUUCAAUCGAAGAUUGAAUACUACGAAACAUCAAUUCAUAGAACCCCAUUGACGGAGAACCAUUCUAAUGUGUUCGGACAUCUUGAUGAACGGACUCCCGAUUCUCUGCGAGCGGCCAUUGUCAAGAACACUCUCGACAACCACGCCAUUGUGCGCCAUGAGCUAAAGCCAGAUGAUCGAUCAAAUCUUACAUCGUCGGAUACACUUGAUAGUCACCAUAUCCCAUUAAUCCAUGCGUACAGAACCACAACAAUAGGCGAGGAUCCCCCUAAAACAGCGGAUACCUGCAGCAGUUGCUGCUUCUGCAAUCCCGAGUUACACAAAAACUCUUGUAAACCCUCGGACAGUUGCUUCUACUGCCAGGCAAAAGCUCAAACGCCCAGUAAAUUAUUUCCCAAUCCUCCCACUCCACCCAACAUACAAAUGUCACCCAUACCGCCAUCUCCGAAAACGCCAAUAAUGGAACUAACACCAACUCCGACUCUUCAGGAAAUUUCUCUUCCUCCUAAGAAAUUGCCUCAACCAGAAAAACCUCAAGAGAAUCCAAAGCCCACGUCAACUUCACCGGAACUCGGCAAAAAACCUGCACCAGAAAAAUCAAACCUUGGCGCACCACCACCAACCGACACCAAUGGCAGUUCCGGUUCCACCUCAAUCAAUGGACUCUACACGGAAACAACCAAAAAGACUGACCAUACCCACACGAAGACCAAAACGAAGGACUCCGAUACCGUCAGUACAAAGUGUUCCACGACGAACGAGAAAAUCAAACGCUCCUACGUGCCAUCGACGGCGGACUCGGACAAACUGGAGGAACUUUCCAAAAAAUCAACCCACAAAAAGUCCGAAACCUCCGUACUGAACCGACCGAAAAAUGUCAACAAUCUCAACCGAAGCGCUGCCACCGUGCACUCGGUGCAGAAAGAGGUAAAGAACGAACUCAAAACACCCAUCAAGGUACUGCCGAAAACCGCCAAAGAGCUAAGCAACCGCAAGGAACGUGACAGAAAAAUCGAUUUGAAUCUACCGCUGGAAAACCCCGUCAGUCAUUCACCGCGCAAGAAUGCCGAGAAAGCAAAAACGACGCUCGGUUUCGAGAACUUAUCGAAACCUCUCGGUGGAUCGACGCAAAGCUACGACGAAACGACGUCCUCGUCGAGCUCCACGGACAGCAGCCCGAACUCGAGUCCGUUCAAGAAAUGCGCCGCUGCCCUGCCGCCGGCUGCGCGCUGGAAGCACAACAGCGAACGGAACCUGACGCAGCUAACGAUGCAGAAGAUCACAACGGCCAGCAAGUGGGGCAACAAGUGGCGAAAGGCCGCUCGCCAACACGAACACUCACCGGCACCGGAGCACGUUGGGCUAAGCCCAGCCCGGCGGAUUCCGGUCAACGGGGACGAACCACCGGCCCCGUUGACAAUGGAUAGGAUCAAUGGAACCGGCAUCAUUACGGCGAGCUCCGCGAUAACCGCCACGAGUACGACCAACGCUGCUACUGCUGCUGCUGCCGCGUCUAUCGUUCCUAGCUUGGUCAGUGGAACCAGCCAGAGCAUGGCGACCAAUCAAGGAUGGACAGUGACGGUGGCCGGUAACUACAAUCCGGACAUGGCUCCGGACGUCGAGAUGCGCUUGAGCUUUCCUAAGCAACCGACCUCUGCAUCGACUGCUAAGCCCUUGGUCAGUGGGAUGUCCGCCAGUGGCAAGCGCACCAACAACAGCACUAACAAUUCCGCCAUCUUGAAUGGACACGACAGCAGCUAUCAAUCGAGCGGCAGCCGAAAGCAAUACAUCGAAGAUGUGCACCAAAUUCCAGGUCGCACUGGACAGAACUACGCCCUGCCGGAAAACGACAGCUACGGUGGUAGUCAAGGUACAUCCCGCGCUGCUCUCCCGACUACGAAUGGAUUAAACCCGAAACGCUCACUGUCGCGAUCCGAUGGAAUCGCUGGCGGCAAAGAGCAUCGUCUUCCCAAUGUUGGCUCAAUGAACAACGUUCCGGCAAGACAAAACCCGAAGAAGGCAGUCAAGCAAACCAUGCAGUGUAGUGUCGUAACAUCCGCCACCUCGAAAACGAUUGCCAACAAAUAUCACAUGCUCUCGCAUCAGCAACAGUUACUGCACGAGCAAACCCGCUAUCAGCCGCCUCAUCAUCUCAACACGUCUUCCUCACAACAUCAUCAGCAAGGCGCACCAUCGACCACCGAACUGCUAGCCGGAGCCGGAGGUGGUGGUGGAAUCCGUGGCUCCCGUCGCCAGCGCACCAUGUCCAUUCAAUCACUGCAUCAUCAAGCUUCCACGCUACAUCAUGGUGGCGGGGCCGGUGGUGGUGGUGGUGGUGGCAAGUUCUCUUCAUCCAACCUGCAUCAUCAGACAAGCUAUCAUGAUCCAUCAUCGCUAGGCAAUGGAACUAACGUGUAUAACAACGGCUACCGGCGUGUUUCGCUCGAGAGCAUCUACAGUGGGCCCCACCUGGACAACCUCUCGGUGAUGGGUAACGCAAUCGCACCGGAGCACAAACCUCGGGUACCAACCAUGAGUGAACGAGAUCUGAAACGAAAGCACCAUCCGUGCUACGUGCGGACACAACCAUACUUUUCGUAG